GACCUCAUUUCGUUUAACCGGUAUUUCAGUACAACUGCCGGCCGGUUUUGUAACCAUAAUCUACACCUCUUCAUAGUCAUUUUUUAAUAGAUUUAUACAUUUUGCUAACAACAUGCCUGGAUAUGCCGACAGAGAUCGCGGCAGAGAUAGAGGCUAUGGCGGUGGACCUCCCCGGUUCGGUGGUAGUCGAGGAGGUGGUGGUGGAGGAAAGUUCGGUAAUCCCGGCGAACGACUGCGAAAAAAGCACUGGAACCUGGACGAGCUCCCGAAGUUUGAGAAAAACUUCUACCAGCAGCAUCCUGACGUCUCCCACAGGCCACCGCAAGAGGUUGAACAGUACAGGAGGUCCAGAACGAUCACAGUGAAAGGGAGAGAAUGUCCAAAUCCCAUUACGAAGUUCCAUGAAGCAAGCUUCCCCUCCUAUGUAAUGGAGGUGAUCAACAAACAGAACUGGACUGAACCAACACCCAUCCAGGCACAGGGCUGGCCACUGGCUCUUGGUGGCAAGGACAUGGUUGGCAUCGCUCAGACUGGAUCUGGCAAGACACUUGCUUACCUGCUGCCUGCAAUUGUCCACAUCAACCACCAGCCUUUCUUGGAACGUGGUGAUGGUCCAAUUUGUUUGGUGCUAGCCCCAACCCGUGAGCUGGCCCAGCAGGUGCAACAAGUGGCCGCAGAGUAUGGCAGAGCUUCUCGUCUGAAAUCGACCUGCAUCUAUGGAGGAGCACCAAAGGGACCUCAGCUCCGUGAUCUGGAAAGAGGUGUGGAGAUCUGCAUUGCCACUCCAGGCAGACUCAUUGACUUCCUUGAGUCAGGAAAGACGAACCUUCGCAGGUGCACUUAUCUUGUGCUUGAUGAGGCUGACAGAAUGCUGGACAUGGGCUUUGAGCCUCAGAUCCGGAAAAUUGUUGACCAAAUCAGGCCUGACAGACAGACUCUGAUGUGGAGUGCCACUUGGCCGAAAGAGGUUCGCCAGCUGGCAGAAGACUUCCUCAAGGAGUAUGUGCAGAUUAAUGUUGGUGCACUGCAGCUUAGUGCUAACCACAACAUCCUCCAGAUUGUAGAUGUUUGCAAUGAUGGAGAGAAGGAGAACAAGCUUAUCCGUCUGCUUGAAGAAAUCAUGAGUGAGAAGGAAAAUAAGACCAUCAUCUUUGUGGAGACUAAAAGGCGGUGUGAUGAUCUUACUCGUCGAAUGAGAAGGGAUGGGUGGCCUGCUAUGGGAAUCCAUGGUGAUAAAAGCCAGCAAGAAAGAGACUGGGUUCUUAAUGAGUUUAAAUUUGGAAAAGCCCCAAUUCUGAUUGCUACAGAUGUUGCAUCCAGGGGUCUAGAUGUGGAAGAUGUGAAAUUUGUCAUCAACUUUGACUACCCAAACAACUCUGAGGACUAUAUCCACCGCAUUGGCAGAACGGCUCGUAGCCAAAAGACUGGCACAGCCUACACCUUCUUCACUCCAAACAACAUGAGGCAGGCCGGGGACCUCAUCUCUGUGCUCCGCGAGGCCAACCAGGCCAUCAAUCCAAAGCUGCUGCAGAUGGCAGAAGAGAGAGGAGGUCGUUCAAGAGGCGGCAGAAACGACUACAGAGACGAUCGUCGCAAUAGGUAUUCCACUGGAAGGCGUGACUACGGUGGCGGUAGGGACCGGGACGGCGGUAGAAGUUUUGAAAAUGGACCAAGUAAGGUGUUUAACAGCAACUCUCAGAACGGAGGCUAUGGGACCAGUAACGGCUACGGCGGAGGAACCUUUAACGGUAAUGGACAGUCCAACUUCAGCGGCGCUCAAACGGGAUCUUUUGGCGCCCAGAACAACUUCCAGUCCCAACAGUUCACCCCCAGUAAUGCUGUCACACAGAAUGGUGGCACACACACCCCCUUCUUCCCUCAGGGACAGGCCCAGCAGCAACCUCCUCCAGUGGCACCGUUUACCAUGGCUCCUCAGUUCUCUCAGUAAACGCAUCGUAAACUUGAAAAUUGUAAUUUAUUGCUUUUGGUCUUUUUAAGUUCUAUACUUCAUCCACAAUUUUGUACUCGCGUAACAGGGUUAAGUCAACCUUUUUUAAGAUCUGCAGUGCAGCAAUAGUUAUGUUGCACAUUUAUUUUUAGUUUUUUCCUAUUUAAUUUGUUACAUUCCUCAGUAAUGUUUAGUUUUUGUAUUGGGUAAUUGCAAAUGUAUGGUUUUCAUGUGUAGCAUUGAACAUGUUGAGAUCCUACCUUAAAGUGCACUGCAUGAUCUUUGAAAUAAAACCCUAUGAAAGAC